AUGAAGUGCGUGGAGAAUGAACAUCCUGAAGCUCUGUUUGAGUUUGGAUUUCGACAAUACUUCAACUAUAUGGUGGUUGACCAAGGGUUGAAGAGGUUGGAAAGAGCAACUGCAUUGCAAAAUACAGAGGCAACAUAUAUAGUAAGCCUCAUAUAUAUAUACACCGGGGAAGAAGAAAAAGGUGUUAAGCUUUUGGAGAACACUAUCAACAGCAUCGGAUCUGCAGGGAUCGUCCAGUGCAGAAGGAAGUUACGUGACAUGGAGAAGUCAAAUUGGAUGAGAAAUAAUUUCGUUGUAGAUUAUAUGCCACAACCGCAUUUAUUUUGCAAACAAAAACUACAACACGAGAAGAACUUAUCUGCAUGGGCUGGUCUUUAUGACGAGAAUGCUGAAAAUACAAUAUCUUGUUUAACUUGUAAAUGUGUUAGGGAAAUAAACGUGUUUUAUACAAUAGUAAAGGGUCUACUCAUCCGUCAUGUAUGA